CGCGGAUUUAUGUGCUGGGAGCGGGGAGAGGCCGGGCGGCUGGAGUGGCAGCGGGAGGCGGCAGGAACAUGGGUGUGAUAGGUGUACAGCUCGUGGUUACCAUGGUGAUGGCUAGUGUCAUUCAGAAGAUCAUACCUCACUAUUCUCUAGCUCGUUGGCUUCUCUGUAGUGGCAGCAAGACACUGUUCUCAUUGACCACUCACUACUUCAAAGUAGAAGAUGGAGGUGAAAGAUCUGUCUGUGUCACAUUUGGCUUUUUUUUCUUUGUCAAAGCCAUGGCAAUCCUUAUUGUAACUGAAAAUUAUCUAGAAUUUGGACUUGAAUCAGGGUUUUCUAAUUUUUCAGAAAGUGCAGUGCAGUUUCUUGAAAAGCAAGGUUUGGAAUCCCAGGGUCCAGUGUCUAAACUAACCUUCAAAUUGUUCCUGGCUGUUCUUUGUUCACUUAUUGGUGCUUUUUUGACAUUCCCUGGCUUACGACUGGCUCAAAUGCAUCUGGAUGCUCUGAAUUUAGCAACAGGAAAAAUAACACAAACAUUGCUGCAUAUAAACUUCUUGGCACCUUUACUUAUGGUCUUAUUGUGGGUAAAACCAAUCACCAAGGACUACAUUAUGAACCCACCUCUGGGCAAAGAGAGCGUGCCUUUAAUGUCAGAAGCAACAUUUGAUACGGUACGACUGUGGAUAAUUAUCCUAUUGUGUGCUUUACGGUUGGCCAUGAUGCGCAAACACCUGCAAGCCUACCUUAAUUUAGCACAGAAAUGUGUGGAUCAGAUGAAAAAGGAGGCUGGCAGAAUAAGUACAGUUGAUCUGCAGAAAAUGGUGGCCCGAGUAUUUUAUUACCUUUGUGUAAUUGCAUUGCAGUAUGUGGCACCUCUGGUAAUGCUGCUUCAUACAACUCUGCUUUUGAAAACACUAGGUAAUUAUUCCUGGGGCAUCUAUCCAGAAUCUAGCUCUGACUUUCCAAUGGAGAACAGUCCACUCCCCAAUUCAGUUUAUUCUGAGUCUCCACCUGCUGAUGGAAAGAUGAAGGUAACUGUAGUACAAAUAACAAUGGCAUUGGGCAGCCUAAAGAACAUUUUCACUCCUCUCCUGUUCCGAGGACUCCUGUCUUUUCUCACUUGGUGGAUUGCUGCUUGCCUCUUCUUCACAAGCCUUUUUGGGCUUUUCUAUCACCAGUAUCUGACUGUGGCAUGAAUAAUCAGCUCACAAAGGAAAUAUCUGAAGUUAACUUCUCGAUUCAAACCCAUGUACCCCAGAGGGGCUGAAGAAAAAAAUGGAAGAAUGCAUACGUGAAGAAAAAACACAUAUCAGAUUUUAUUCUUAAAUGCUUCCUCUGUAUUCUCAGGGUGAAUAUUGUUGUUUAAAAUCACAAGUGGGUUUAACUUUUGUUACCGAAUGGUAGGUAACUAACUGCUGAAUUAUGGUAUUGGAACUGUGACUAACCUUUUUAUGUGGCUGAUAUUGGAGGGCUAGUUAAAAAGGUAGCGCCUGUGAGUACCUUGCUUUCCAUUAACACUAAGCUGCCCUCAAAACUUUGUAUAUUACUUUAGUCGUUGACUGAUGACUCUUUGUGGUAUUGAGGUACAGGUAACACUAAUGGUGGCUGCCUAGUUAAACAAUCUUGAAACUGAGCCAUACAAUGGGAAGAGAAAAUAAUUUCUGUUGGAACGAUAUUGAUCACUUUUCUGUGUGAAAAGCAAAAAAAUCCAACAGGACAGAAGAAAUACUGUAUAUUACAGUAAAGAAGGCUAUGUAAUAUUUGAAUUUAGGGUAGGAACAAAUGCAUGGAUUCCGCAAGUAUUGCUGCCUAAGUAGUGCAGGAAUGCUCAUGCUGUAAGAAGAAUAUUCUAAAAAUAUAUAUUGUCUCAAUCCCUGCAGUCAUUUUAAAGUAAUGAAUGGCCAUAUAAACCCUCGCAAGUACAGUAUUGGUGCUACUAUUGAUCCACAAAUUCCAUUUGGGUCUUUAAAAUUUCAUUUUUCCAGGUAAUAGACAAAUUCCAUUCAAUUCACAAAAUAAUUGGAAUAGAUUAUCAACACUGAUCAAAGUGUUUAAAAAGAGUAACUAUAAUCCUGCUGAGUGUGUAUGUAUCUGUAAGUAUAUAUAUAAAUAUAUAUUAUAUAUUAAAUAUAUAAUAUAUAUGGAGUCUAUAAAAAUAAAUAUUGAAUCUUUAAGUUGCUGAAUGUAUGUUACAGGGCAGUGGGACAGGGACAUAUAUGUACCUAAUAAGUUCAAGAUCUCUUUUUGAAUUAAAAUUAAAUUUUUUUAAAAGUUCAGCUGAAAGGGCUAUUCAUUUUUGGUGCCUCUACAAAGGUACUUAACUUUAAUAAAGAACCUUUGCAAUUUUGUUGAAAGAGAUUCACCCAGAAGUUGUUACUCUUAUCUUUCCUGCUCUCUGUGAUCUUCGUUUGUUAGUCUAAUGUGAGAUUAUCCUGUUGAUGUAGAAAUAUUGAACAUCUUUUAGUCUCAGAAAUGUAUUUUCUGUACAUUAAUUUUAAAAUGUAUAGUAAGGAGGAGUAAAGUAUAAAUUUGACAAGUUUUGUUUAGUUUGAAUAACAGAUCCUAAAUUGAGUACUUUGAGAACAAAUUAGAAUGACAAUUUUUUUUCAGUUGCUUUGUGUAUACUGUAAUCAGAAAUGUGGGAUUGGGAAUUAAUUUUUAAAAAUCUUAAUUUUACUUUUAAAAAAAAGUGCACUGCAGAAAGAUAUCUGUGUUUAGUAUGACGAAGUAAUAUUAGCCAUACAUAGAAAAUAUGGGUAACGCUUUUGGGUUUCUUUGAAUUAUUUGUGUAAAGCUUGGAAUAUAGUAAACAGAAAUGGAAAGACUGUUAGAAAAUGUUUUAUUUAAAUGUUGUAAAUCUGUAAUAUGGGAAAACAAAGCAUCAAAGAAUACUGAAAAUUAAGGAUCUGAGAGAGUUAUCAAUUCCUCUCUCUCCAUCAAAUGGCUUUGAAAGCAUUCAAAAAUAUUUUAGCUCAUUUGCUGUUACCUUAAUAAGGUUUAUAUACUGCCACCUCUCACCUGCAUCCCCCGCUGCGUGCACACGCCCUCUUAA